AUGUUCUCUACCCGGCUUAUCUCAUCGAGACGCUUAUUGCAUCUGGUUCCCAAGUUGAAAAAUGCUGCUGAAUUCACCGAAAAGGGAAUCGCCGGAUUGUACUCGCCUCAAGGAUUCCGCACAGCUUGGCUCGAUUACCAGAAAUAUCUAACCGCUCAACUUUCUUUACGGACUGUCGGUACAGAAAACGAGACUCGUACGCCGUACCAGAUCCUUUUGCUGACAGCAAAACAAACUACACAGCAGCACACUUUCCACUAUGCUUCUCAGGCCCACAACAACCACUUCUUUUUCGAGCAGCUUUCGGACAAGGAAACUGCACAAAAAACCAAGCCGCUGAGGUUUUUGAUGGAGCGUCUUGCCGACCAGAACAUCACUUCUCUCGAAGAACUUCGGACGGCAGUCAACUCCCGCGCAAAUUCUGUUUUGGGCCAAGGAUGGGUUUUCUUGGUGGAAAAGGAAGACAAGUCGGUUGAGCUUAUUACGUGCCACAACGACGGCACUCCAUACUAUUGGGGAAAACGCCAGGCUUUGGACUUGAACGGUGCUGUGGACGAGGCUAGUUUUGAUGCGUUGGAGGCGGCCAAAAACGCUGCACACCAACUUGAUUUCACCUUGCCUCUUUUAGCCAUCAACUUCUGGGACGUGGCAUAUUACGAAGACUACGGAAUCACUGGCCGGGCAGAGUACUUGGACCAUGUGUGGGACUGCAUCAACUGGGACGUUGUCAAUCGGAGAAUGUUCCAGAUCUAA